CGCAAGUAUGGUGGACGUAAGAAGUGGUAUCAAUUUUAAUCGCUAUGAAGCACAGCGGCCAUAUUUAAACAAUUUUAAUUCAAUCCUCAGUGCUACGAAUGUUCGGAACUUAUUCGCCGUGAAUUCAAUCUCUUUGAACCCAAGUAAAGAAAUCCAAUCUUUUUCAACCGGCAUCAAAGAUUCUUUUCGAUCGCUUUAUCACUCUGCUAGAACAAAACAUGUCAGAACCAACACAAAUGAAAAAGACUAAUUAAUGUCCUCUAAGGCACCGUACGGGGAGUUUGAUUAUCGCAAAAGAUUGAAUUAAUCUUUCCCCAAGAAUUAUAAUAAUAAGAAGAAGAACACCAACACCGCAUGUGCUUGUCUCGUCGUGCAUUCCCAUAAUCAAUCUGUCUUAACAUAAGUGGCACUUGUCAGUGACUUUAGUACGUGCUAUCGGGCCCCAUCCUAGCCACUGGAGCCUGCUAGUGAACGAAGCAAGACAAACAGGAAUUUAAUAAGUCCUGCAAACAGGCUGGAUCUUCUUCUUGCUACGACAAACACCGAAAGAAAUUUAUGUGCCUAUGCGUAAGUGUUCUGUGAGGUUUCGCCAUUAAUGAAAGUGUGUAGUUGGGUUCGUCGUGAUCCCAGAUGAAGGGGAUGCUGUGCCUAUGAUGAUGACGGAAAUUGAGACGAGUGGUUCCUGGUUCAGUGUACGUGAGGUGAAUGGUGGACCGGAUCCCAAAGGAAAGGGGCUUAUAUUUAUCUAGACAGAGAAGAGGUGUUUCCAAGGUGUCACGCUGUAGUGCUGCAUAAUUCUGUUGCCGUGGAGAAAGUGAAGGUGCUUCCAACCAUACGUCGUCAAAAUGUGGAAUAUGGCCUACAAUGGACUGUCGCAGCACGUGGACUUCCUGAGGCUGCCCAAUCCGGCCGAGCGGUUCGAGCUGCUGGAUCUGAUCGGCGAAGGAACCUACGGGGAGGUCUACAGUGCCAAGGACAAGCACACCGGGCGCAAAUAUGCCGUUAAGAUCCUGGAAACCAUCGCCGACAAUAUCGAGGAAAUCGAGGAGGAAUACCUGGUACUUCGUGACUUGUCCAAACAUCCCAACAUUCCGGACUUUUCCGGACUGUUUCUGAAACGUGGUGCCACCGUCGAAGAUGACCAGCUGUGGUUCGUGCUGGAGCUAUGCACCGGUGGUUCGGUUACGGAUCUGGUUCAAGGUCUACGCAACCGGGGAUCCCGGCUGACCAACAACCAGAUAGCGUACAUUCUGAGGGAAACUGUUCACGCGUUGGUGUUUCUGCACGAGAACCAUUGCAUGCAUCGGGAUAUCAAGGGUCACAACAUCCUGCUGACGGAGAAUGGCCAGGUCAAGCUGGUGGACUUUGGGGUCAGUUCACACCUGGCAGCCACGAUGGCACGGAGGAAUACCAGCGUGGGAACGCCCUAUUGGAUGGCCCCGGAGGUCAUUGCUUGCGAACAACAGCUCGAUCAGUCAUACGAUUCGAGGUGUGAUGUGUGGUCGAUUGGAAUCACAGCGAUUGAACUGGCCGAGGGUGAUCCACCACUGUGUGAGUUGCAUCCGAUGAGAGCGUUGUUCCAGAUUCCGAGAAAUCCUCCACCGAGGUUGAUCCAUCCGGAAAAUUAUUCGCCGAUGUUGUCGGAUUUCAUAUCCGAAUGCUUGGUGAAAGAUCUAGAGCAAAGACCGUUUUCGAAGGAACUGGUGACGCAUCCUUUUUUGAAGGCGGUAGGACCGUAUGCCGAUCAAGUCCGGCAAGAGCUGAAGACGGAAAUUCAGAAACAGCGAUCGGAUGGAAGAGCCUCACGGCAAGCGGAGGCUACCACCAAGUAUGGAAAAUUGAAGUCUGAUAGGAAAUCCAAACCGCAGAAGAUGUACAUGGAUGACUUGGCGGCGUUGGAUGUCCUGACGGAGGACACAAUUGUCGAGCAGUUGCAGAAGCGAUUCGAAACCAAUCAAAUCUAUACCUACAUCGGGGACAUCCUGGUGGCGGUGAAUCCGUUUUCUCAACUGGGAAUAUACACGAGCUAUCAUCAGCGGAAAUACUGUGGCAAGACUAGAUCGGACAACCCACCGCAUAUCUUUGCUGUGGCAGACGCAGCCCACCAAGCUCUGGUUCACCAGAAGCAAAAUCAAGCGAUCGUCAUUUCCGGAGAGAGUGGUUCCGGUAAGACGGAAAGCGCCAACCUCCUACUGAAGCAGUUAGUCUUCCUCGGAAAGGCAGUUACCAAGAAUCUGGAGGAGCGAAUCCUCCAAGUCAAUCCAAUCAUGGAAGCGUUUGGAAACGCUCGAACCGGUAUCAACUCGAACAGUUCCCGCUUCGGUAAAUACCUGGAACUAACCAUGGCUCGCAGCGGGAAAGUCAACGGAGCUCGUAUCUUCGUCUAUCUGCUGGAGCAGAGCCGGGUCGUCAAGCAGGCUGAAGCUGAAGGCAACUUCCACAUAUUCUACUACAUGUACGAUGGCCUGCAGGCAGAGAAGCGCUUGGAGGAGUACUAUCUUCAUCCGUCCUAUCGGAAGACUCAUCGUUACCUGCAGGAAACGGCCACGCUACCGAAAACCAACGUUGAACGUUGGAAGCAGCUGUUAGCUAGCUUCAAGGUGCUCGGAUUUCGUGACGACGAAGUCGACAUGGUCAAUCGGGUGCUUGCGGCGAUCCUCAACCUAGGCGACAUGGAGUUCGGAGAAAUAGAUUCGAACGACAAUACCGACAGUAAGGCAUGGGUGAUCGAUGUGGCCCCGAUGCAUCGCGUUUCCAAGCUGCUGGGCGUGGAGUCGGCCGAUUUGCUGGAAGCGUUGACGUCGAAUUCCGUGGUGACCAGGGGGGAAACGAUCACCAGGCACAACAAUGUGUCCGAGGCUUGCACGGCCAGGGAUGCCAUGGCGAAAGGUUUGUACGGGCGGCUGUUCGAUUGGAUGGUCAAUCAGAUCAAUUUGCUGUUGGUGCAUAACAGGCCGAAUAACAAUUCCGAGCAGUUGGCGGUCGGUCUGUUGGACAUUUUUGGAUUCGAGAAUUUCAACAAGAAUUCAUUCGAGCAGCUUUGCAUCAACAUUGCAAAUGAACAGAUCCAAUACUACUUCAACCAGCACAUCUUUACGUGGGAACAGCAGGAGUACAUGGCCGAAGGAAUUCCCGUGGAUCUAGUAGAGUUCGCCGACAACCGCCCGGUGCUGGAUAUGCUCCUAAGCCGACCGCUUGGAUUGCUAGCAUUGCUUGAUGAAGAGUCCCGGUUUCCUCGAUCCAACGACCGGUCCCUAAUUGAGAAAUUCCACAACAACAUCAAAUCCAAGUUCUACCAACGGCCCAAAUCGGACGCGGUGUGCUUCGCGAUCCACCACUUUGCCGGCCGGGUCGUCUACCAGGCGGACGGAUUCCUGGAGAAGAACCGCAACUUCCUGCCGGCCGAGAUCAUCCAGCUGAUUCGCCAAAGCCAAUUCGAUAUGGUCCGGUUCCUGUUCCAGUGUCCCAUCACCAAAACCGGCAACCUGUACUCGGCCAUCCAGGACACCGGAUCGCGCCAGAAUGUGUCCAACUUCAUCAAGGUUGAUACGAAGGAAAAGUUCAACUCCCGCGGACUGGCAUCGCAAUCGAGGGCCCAGCAAACAGUGGCCACCUACUUCCGGUAUUCGCUGAUGGAUCUGCUGCAGAAGAUGGUCACCGGUACACCGCAGUUCAUCCGGUGCAUCAAACCGAACGACAUGAAGGCUGCGAAGAACUUCGAUCAGACCAAGGUCCUGAAGCAGCUACGCUACACUGGCGUGCUGGAAACCAUUCGGAUCCGUCAGCAUGGAUUCAGCCACCGGUUGGCGUUCGCCGAGUUCUUGAAGAGAUACUACUUCCUCGGCUACGGAUUCGAGGAACGUGUCGUCGCAAGCCGAGAAUCGUGUCGUUUACUUUUAGUGCGUCUAAAAAUGGACGGAUGGGCUCUCGGAAAGUCCAAGGUGUUCCUCAAAUACUACCACUUCGAAUAUCUGUCCAAGCUGUACGAGGAGCACGUCCGCAAGAUCAUUCUGGUUCAGGCCUGCGUCCGCCGUUGGUUGGCCAAGGCAUUCAUCAAGAGAGAAAAAGUGCGAGCAGCACAACGGGUGGCACUCAGUGCUGUCACCUUGCAGAAACACGUUCGAGGUUGGUUGACCCGGCGACGAAUGAACAAAUUGCUUCGCGAGAAGCAGGAAAAGGAUCGCAUCGAGCGAGAGCGGCUCGAAAAAGAGCGAGAACGGGUCGAUAAAGAGCGAGAACGGCUGGAGAAGGAGCGACAGGCUCGGGAAAAGAAAAACAAUGGUAAGGUUUUCCGUACCCGCCUGGAACACGGCACCAACCAUAUCCCCCUCCUUGCAGAACAAAACAAAGCCAAACAGGCAUUCGCCAGGGCUAAGCUGAUCCACCAGAUGUCCAACAGUGAACUUAUCAAGCCAUCCGAGAAGCAUGCCGUUGACGUGAACAACAAAGAAAACGAAAAGGCAGCGAUCGUCAUCCAGAGCUACUACCGUGGGUACACGAUCCGCAAGAUGAAGCUUACUCCGGAGCUGGAAGCCAAGACCAAGUACAUCCUAGGCAUCGCCAAGAAUCGCGUUGAAGCUCAGCGCAUGAUGCAGAAGGAGGGCUUCUCCAAGGAGGAUGCAGCCCGCAUCAUCCAGCGGUACUACCGAACUCACAAGAGCAAGAACAACAGCAACAAUGUCAACAAAGACGGCAGCCGAAAGAAGGGACCCGCACCACAACCCAGCAAACCCCUCUCGGCCAGGGACCAGCAGGUUGACCUGGUAACGUUCUCGCAGAACGUCCACAUGUUGAACCAGGAGAUUCACAAAAAUCUUCGCGCCACCAAGACCGGAAUCCCUCUGGAUGCCAUAGAGAAGCUCCCAAGCGACUACAAACGACCUCCGGGCUUCGUGCUGGUGCCGGGACUGCUGGGAACGGUCCCCGGUGGCGAGUACACCAAGUACAGCUCGUUCCGCAGUUCUGGGGACUGUGAUCACGAGCUAACCAAGGAGCUGAUCCAAAGCCCGGCCUCGGUGAACGAGUUCGAGGACGUCUCCCCGUGGGACAUGCCGUUCUACGAGCUGGAACGGAAUCUCCGCUCGCAAAGACAACGGAACCUCCAGCAGCACCAGCAGCAGCAGCAGCCACGGGUCGACAUCAAUCGCAACGACAUCCUCGGUGACCGCAAGGUGGAGCUGAGCGAGCGCAAACAGCAGCUGUCGAGCAACUGGCACCAGGCGUACCAGGCCACCGAAAGCACCGUGCAGGACAAUAAAUUCAAGGGGAUGGUCAGAUCCAACAACCACCACAACCACAACAACGAACCGGCCCACAUCCGUCACAUACCGGCCUUCAGCUAUCUGAAUCCGAACGGUCACCAGAUCCUGCGCUACUCACCGAACAACGUAGACCAGCAAUCACCGUCACCAUCAUCCCGGGAGCAGCCGUAUCGCAACGGCGGUUACCACGAAAUGCCCUCGCCUAGUCCUCCUAGUGGCCUAGGCAAAUCCAGCAAGAAGCAGAGCUCCAAACACGAAAACAAGAUGAAGGAAAAGGAGAACAAGGAGAAGAAGAAGAAGGAAAAGAAAGCGAAGAAGGCGAAGGAGAAGGAAAAGUCCGCAUCGUCCACGUCUGGGACGUCCUCGGUGGAAAAGGCCCGGAAGGAAGCGAAGAAGAAGGCACCGAUGCCGAUUCCGCAACCGGACCAGCAACAGCACCACCAACAGCACCAACAACAGCACCACCACCAGGUUCCGCAGAAGAGGAUGAUUGAACAUCACGAGUACCAAAACAUAUCGGAGGAGACGAAGAUCGACAGCAAGAGUCCGGUGAUGAGGAUGUUUGGAGAUACGAACUUUUUGCUGAACCACCGCCGGAAGGCUUCCAACCAGAAAGAAAGUGGACUGAGCUGUGGACAGGGAGUUUGCGAGCUCAUGAACGGAGUGUACAGGUUUAGUCCGCACGUGACUUCGUUUGCGGAGUUGGAGUCGAACAAGGGCAGCAGCCAUCGGUCGCACCCUUCGACGCUGGAUACGAAGGAGUAUCAGAAUUUUAACGUUUCCAAGUAUUUGAACAUUGACGUCAAGACACCAAACUUGAGGACGGUCAAGCACCACCACCAUCGGCAUCAUAUGAGUUCGAACAGUAGCAGCAUGAGCAGCGGAAGUAGCGGGUCGAAUUCGCUGAACUCGUUCGAUUCCGUGGAACAGGCGAUCAUAUUCCAGAAGAACAAGAAUGCGGAUUCGUACCUGGGGCCGUUCAACUUCCGACAGCUGUUGAGGCCGACCCAGGGACCGACGGAGUCGCUCCGGAAGCGCAAAGGGAUCAAUCCACCGUCACCACCGCCACCGCAGCGGGGCAAAAGCUAGAAGGGUUGCUUCCUGAAGAAAUGUUUUGUUUGGUUUAGUGCAUUUGUCUUCCGUUUAUGAGUGUUGUUGUAUAUUUUUGUUUGUAUCGAAAGAAACUUGAUAGACUGACUCGUUCCGCCUUCGUCGGGGGGUCUUCAUGAGGUGGUGAUGAUGAUGAUGAUGAUGAUGAUGAUGAUGAGGAAAUCUUCUAAGCUGAAAGUAGACCAUAGAUAAUGAUCUCGUAGUUAGUAGAAGAACACCGAUUGAUGCACCGGAAGUUUCGAGCCGAAAUCGAUUGGAAACACAAAUCACAGCCUGUUCGAUGACGUUGAGAACCAAUUCACGUAGAUGCUUCUCGAACAAUGCGCAUCCUAGCGCGGCUUCGAACUGCCAAAAUCCACAAUCAAGAACGUGGAACGAUUCAGGUCUAUCAGUAGAGUAUCGCCCUGGUGCAGCUGCAGCAGAAGAGAAACUUUUCCGACUGGAUUCCCCAGCCGCUCCAACGUUUUAUCUCCAACCAUUGCAUCCUGCGGCAGCCGUGGCUUUUCUCGUGAAAAUUUCCUUCCCUCUCGAUUGAUAUUAAUUUUAUGUUUUCGGGGUUGCGGUAUAAAUUUGCUGUUGUAGAGGUAGUAGCUUGUAGGACGUAGAGGUAUAGUUUGACUUCCCUAUUUCCCCCCCGUCGGCGGUGUAGUUGUCGCCGUCGUUGGGUCUUCCUUCCGGUAGAAAGUGUACUGCAGCAGCCAUAUUCGCCUCGGGCUUGGCUCGGGAAAGGAUCAACUUUUGCGUAGAUUUAUUCACUGCACGUCUUAUCUUUUGUUUCCGCCAAUUGCGCCAUUGGUCCAAUACACUCCUUCUCGAUUGCGUUAUGAAAAAAAAAUCUCUAAAUAGACUGUGGAGCAAGGUGGCAAUCAUGAGCUACAGCCAUGUCCCGAGUCGUAGGAGCUACCCGAAUCAGGACAGAAACACCAUCCUUGAGUAAUGAUUUCCCAGACCAUCGUAAAUCAUGCCCAUGAUUCUAAAUAAAUUGCCUUACUGUCACUACUAGAGGGCGUCAUACUCAUGCGUGGAGUACAAACCAAAUAAAUUUAUUAUCCACUUGCAAGCCGAGGCUUGGACAUAGUCGAAUGAUUUGUACGCUGCACGAGGAAGAAUGCCUUUAUCGAGGCACUGCACUGCACAUUCUGCCGGAAUAACUUUUGCUUCAUUUCUUCGUGCACCACAUCCUAUCCCAUCCCAUCCAUUCAUUUAUUUAACUUGAAGGCAGUUUUUAUAAUUUAUUAUUCCCAUCGCAAUGCCUUUAGUAACCUAGAUUUUCUCUUCAUCCAAUGUUUUGUUAGUCAGUAAGCUGGAUAUACCACCGAGAGGUAAGGUUUGUCCUCUGUUAACCAAGUUUGGUUUAGGCAGAUUAGUUACUAAACGAUACAUUUAACAGAUUUACUUUAAAACAAGAAAUUACAAAAAAGUUUCGCCGAAAAAAACUCACCACCUGACACCAAAAACUAGUGGAAUAAAGUACCGAGUCCUGUUACAUGUUGAGUUACAUUCUUCGUGAA